AUGUUUGACUUCUUGUUUGGGUGGUCAAAAGCUUCCAGAUGUAAGAAGGUGAUCAAAAGAGCUCGGUGCUGCCUCAAGCUACUCAAGAACAGGAGGCUCGCAACAGCGAGGCUAUUACGCCAGGAUGUAGCAGAGCUCAUUAAGAAUGGCCAUCAACAUGUUGCUGUCAAUCGGGUUGAGCAAGUCAUUCAAGAUGAACGCUUAGCCGCUGCGUAUGAAUUGUUAGAUUACUUCUGUGAAUUUAUUCUUACCCAACUCUCCUAUAUCAGAAGGCACAAGGACUGUCCGAAUGACAUUAAUGAAGCAGUGUCCAGUGUUAUAUUUGCCUCAGCGAGAUGUGGGGAUGUUCCCGAACUCUGUGCCAUCAGGAAGCUCUUUGGUCAUCGUUACGGCGAGAAAUUUGCAGCAGCUGCCGCCGAACUAUUUCCUGGAAACCUAGUAAACCAUCAGUUGAAAGACAACCUCUCGGUGAAAUCUGUGUCAGAUGAUUUCAAGUACAGAAUGGUGGAUGAAAUUGCUAGGGACUACUGCCUCCAGUCAAAGCUUUUAGCUAUCGAGUACUGCCCUGAUUGGCAACAAGAACAGGUGAAAGGAAACAAAGAUAACAGUGAAGUUAGCAAGAGGGAACCUCAGAAACGAACAAGGAGGAGGUCAGUUUCACUUGAAAAACAAGGCAUAAUGGAUAUUGGAUGCAUGUUGUAUUAUCACAAGCCCUACAGAAGUCUCUCCGCUGAUCAUAAGCGUGGUGCUCAUUCCAAAAGAAAACACCAGAGGCUUUUAUCAGAAGGUAUUCAACAAUCAAGUUAUGAUCCAAAGAGAUUGAAGCAGCAUAGCUCCUCAGAAAACACUAAGAGUAGACCAUCUUUCAUUCCUAAAAUGAGUGGCUGCAGUUUGGACCACCCUUGUUUCUGUGCUUAUGAUGGUAACUUGAGUUUGGGAUUGGGAGUUUUGCCAAUGAAUCCACAGAGAGCCAUCAUAGUUGAACAAAUUCAGCAAGUUUCACGUGGAGAAUGUUUCCUUUGGAAUGAAAAUGUAUACGAACUUCGUGGAUCAGAUAGAAGUGACAAUAGUGUAGCUGUGUAUAAUGCCUUCACCUACCCAGAUUGCAAGAAUGAAAAAGAAAACAAGAGAAAAGCAGAGGCCUCAGAGCGCAUGGGCAGGUUAGCUUCAUCUGAGGUUCCAAAAAACUACAAAGACAAGAUGUUAAGGACAUAUUCAUGCCCUCCUCAUCCCAAGCAUGUUCAUCCCAAGUUGCCUGACUAUGAUGAUCUGGCUGCCAAGUUCUCUGUUCUCAAGAGAGAACUGAAACCAAAAAAUUUGCUGUAGCCACCUUCAAGUGAAGUAGAGUAGGAGGUAUAUUGCAUUCGUCAUUCAAAUUUUUGAGUAGCUUUCUGUAAGGCUAUCUAUGGAUGACUAUUUAAAGAUUCUUUGAUGGUCAUCGCUAGAUAAUUGUAGUCAUUAUCAUUUCUAGAACAAUAUGGUAAGAAUACAGCAAUCCACCCUUCUUUUCUGAUUAUUAGUGCUGUUUGGGAAAUUCGAAUAUGAGUGAG